CGACCAAUGUUUUCCAAUUUCAACUUCUGAACUUUUCACCGGAACCCUAUAAUUUAACCACCCCCCCUUCACUCCAGAUGAACGAUUCUCAAAACAAUCAGAAGAUUAUAGAGAUCGAAGAUGAUGAUGAUCACGGGGAGCAAGAAUCUCCCAGAGGCGUCUUGGAAAUCCCCGUCUCUGGUUCGGAUUCCGACAACCACAGCAGCCUAAGCCGGAGCCUGAGCAGCCGUGGCUCGUCUUUUAACGACAAAUCUCCUGCAACCGAGUGCGGUGGAGAAGAGGAGGAGGGUGGCGGCAGAGCAGCGGGUCAGUCGUUGCAGUGGAGAAAUUUGGUGGAUACUUUAAAACGGAAGUCCUUGAAGAAGUUUUCGACGGUGCCGUUGCUAGCCGGUUAUGGGUUCUCGAGGAAGAGUUUGAUGAAGAAAUUAGGUCGGAAUCAUGGGAAGGAGGAGACGGUGGAAGGCAAUUGGGCGGUUCCGAAACCGUCGUGGCGGAAUUUCACGUUAGAAGAACUUGCGGCGGCGACGGACGGCUUCAGCACCGGUAAUUUGGUUGGACAAGGCGGGCACGCGGAUGUGUACAAAGGAUGCUUACCCGACGGCCAAAUUGUGGCCGUCAAGAGGAUAACAAAAAAAGAAAAGAAAGACGAGGAUCGGGUCGGGGAUUUCUUAUCGGAGCUCGGGAUCAUCGCUCACAUUAACCAUCCGAAUGCGGCUAGGUUGAUCGGCUUUAGCUCUGAUUCCGAUUUGCACCUUGUCCUCCAAUUCGCACCUCAUGGCAGCCUUGCAACUUUACUACAUAAUCGUGAAGAAAGAUUAGAAUGGGCGUUAAGGUUUAAGGUGGCGAUCGGUGUGGCCCAAGGCUUGCAAUAUCUCCAUUGUGAAUGUCAUAGGCGCAUAAUUCAUCGGGAUAUCACAGCUUCAAACAUUUUGUUGAUGGAAGACUAUCAACCUCAGAUAUCUGAUUUCGGGCUGGCGAAAUGGCUCCCAGACAAAUGGGUUCACCAUGUUGUUUCCCCCAUCGAAGGGACUUUUGGGUACAUGUCACCUGAAUAUUUCAUGCAUGGAAUUGUUCAUGAGAAGAUCGAUGUAUUUUCUUUUGGUGUUCUUUUGCUUGAGCUUAUUACUGGCCGUCGUGCUGUUGAUUCAUGUCGACAAAGCCUUGUUAUCUGGGCAAAGCCACUUCUGGAGCAAAGUAACAUGAAAGAGCUCGUGGAUCCUCGUUUAGAAGAUGAUUAUGAAAGGAUCGAACUCAAGCGUGCAAUGUCCGCAGCUUCAGCAUGCAUUCAUCACUUGCCGAACAUGCGCCCAAACAUGAAAAGGGUUGUACAGAUACUGAAGGGAGAGAGCCCGGCAGCGGAAUUGAAACCGAAAACAAGCGGAGGGAGAGCAUUGAUUGUAGACGCAUGCGAUUUGGAGGAUUACACUUGUACAAAGUACCUAAAAGACCUCAAUCGGCACAUGGAACUUGUAAUGGAGUGAUGGUUUACUAACUCAGAAGAAAAGAGUCUUUUUGGUCGUCUUUUUGGUGGUGGUUGUGGUUGUGGUUGUGUGUGUGUGUUUGUAUAUGGUUGGUUGAUGGGAGUGGUGGUGGGAUUUGAAGAUUGGCUGAUGAAACCU